CAACAAACAAAAGCCUUGAGAGUUUGGAGGCAGGGAGUGAGUGAGGGAGCGGCAUUGCAGAGCGGAGGAGCCACCUCCUCCUUUCUCCGGGAGAGAGAUUGAGAGAUCGGGGUUCAUCUGAUUUGCAUUUCUAUGGCUCUCUGAUCCAUGAUUCUGCAUUCUGUCUCAGCUGCUUGUCUUGUUGGAAUUGUUGCUAUCAACCCUCAUUGCUUUUGCCAUCUUGAAUCCACAAAACUUGUAGCUGGGCUAGUUGCCGAUUCACGCCGUUGGUUGCAACGAAGUGUCUGAGUUGCGAGGGGUUCAUGGACGUCAGACGAGUGUUGUGUCCGUUCUGUAGGGCUCGAGGCAACCCUAGUGGCAUUUGCCGAACUGGGUACUACUCAGACUAUAAAUUUUGGUAAUUUGGAUGGUAAGGGAUGUGAUGAUUUUGGAGAGAGACUGCACAUGGUGAAAAGUGGUGUGAUUUUGGGGAGGCGGAGACGGGGGGUAGGAAUGACAGAAGGUGUGAGGAUUAGGGAGGGGCAGUGAGAGACACGAUCGGAACUGAGGAAGUCCGAAGGACAUCUACGUUGCAUUGAGCACUGUGUCAUCGGGAAACUUGGAUUCAGCUGAGGUAGCAGGACGCAUUUUCGUAUGUGAAACCUUCUAUUGGUAUUUGUUUAGGCAGGGCUUUUGUUCUGCAGAUACCUAAAUAAGCGAUGGGUAAGAAAGGGCAAAGCUUGAAGGUGAAAGUUCAUCGGCACAAGGAUAAGACGAAGGAGAUUGCAAGUCUUAAUCAACAAUUAGGGUUAUUGGAUCUCAAAGUUGUUCUGGUUACAGCCGAUGGCAAUUGUUUUUUCAGAGCUGUUGCGGAACAACUAGAAGGGGAUGAAGAGCAACAUGCUAGGUACAGGCAAAUGGUUGUGAACUACUUACAAGAGCAUCGGGAAGAAUUUGAGCCAUUCGUGGAGGAUGAAGUGCCCUUUGAUGAGUACUUGAAGACUAUGCGCGAAGAAACUACAUGGGCAGGUCACAUGGAGAUACAAGCCACAUCACUUGUUACCCGAACCAAUAUUUGUAUUCAUCAGUUGAAGACACCCAGGUGGCAAAUCCGGAAUUUCAUUACUGCAGAUACAACCACUAUUCAUCUAUCAUAUCAUGAUGGUGAACACUACAAUAGUGUGCGGAGACAAGACGAUCCUGGAGUCGGUCCAGCUAAACCCUUCAUUAUUGAGGGUGAUGCUACUCCUGCUUCUCAGCCACCACCAGUAAAAGAUAAUAUUAAGGACAAGAGCAAGGUAGUGGAGGCAGCAACAAUCAAAAGAAUAAUGGGAAGCAGUGGCUGCACAAACGAGAAGCGAGUACGAGAGAUUUUACUCGACGUGCAUGGCGAUGCAGAUACAGCUAUAGAGUACUUAAUUGCAGAAGCCGGCGGUGAUGCCAGCUCCACCGGCUCAGAUGAAAAUGAUCCUGGAUCCUCUGCAGCUACUGGUGAUCAAAACAGAAUAUCCGUGUCAGAUGAUGCUGAAUCGGCACGAUCCUUGAGCUCUCAUACUGCCAGUGAGAGUGGGAGGAUUGGCAAUGCGUCGUCCGUGUCUUCUCAGAGUGUGGGCAGGAACAAACCAUGUCCUUGUGGCUCAAAGAAAAAGUACAAGUCUUGCUGUGGCACUUCAAAAAAUCGGACUACUCCAGCGUAUAUGUCCAGGGUGGAGGAGCCUCUUUCCAACAGGAUGAGAAAACAAAAGGUGAAGAUGACGAAAGGCCUUCACCACCCAAGUGAUGAAGAGGUCCCACGUACUGCCGACACCCUUGAUAUGGGAGCCAUUUGUUUAUGACAAAACUUCCUUGCAAUUUUGUUAGCUUAUGAAAUUAUUCCAGAAUUCCAUCACAUAGUUUUUGUUCACCUUCUGGAAAGAAUUGCAGAACCCAUUUGGAUAUUGUUUCUGAAUUGGUCUAAAUUUUAUGUGUAUGUGGGUUUCAUCAAAA